UCAACAAAAAAUGCUCUCAUACGUUCUUGCAAUUUGUUUUGUCGCCUAUUUUAUAGUCUCAUACAAACGACUUCAAUCUCUCAAGAUAAUUCUCAAAGGGAUUCCAAGUUGCCCGACAUUUCCGAUUGUUGGAAGUGCCCUUGGCAUGUACUGCCGAGAUGGCAGAGACAUCUUCAACAAAGUGAACAAUCAAUUUAAGAAGCAUGGAGGGAAAUUUUAUGGUCUCCUUGGAAAUCACUUAUACGUCUUUAUGUCGGAACAGAAAGACAUCAAGGCUAUUUUGACGAAUAAAAAUAUGCUGGAUCGCCCUUAUGAAUAUCAAUACCUUAAACCGUGGCUUGGAGACAGUAUUUUCAUAGCAGAUGGUGAUAAAUGGAAGCUAAAAAUGAAGCAAUAUUAUCCGUUUUUAAAUAUGAAAUUUGUGGAAAACAGUGUACCCGUGUUUGAGUAUCACAGUAAAAAUAUUGUUAAAGCCAUGCAAAAUAAUAUGGAAGUCGAUUUUAAUAUUUACCACAAUAUUGAGUCAUUUGCCAUGGAUGUAAUUAACGAACUUACUCUUGGAAAUCGGAAUAAUUCACACGAAAAUCCAACAAAUUUCCAGCAUAAUGUGAACAAAAAUGUAAAUAUUACUAUGUCGCGGUUGGUACAUCCAAUCUACAGAAACUAUUUUCUUUUUUCGUUCACACAAAAAUUUAAAGAAAGUCAACGAAUGACAAAAGAGUGUCGGGUCUAUAUCCAAGAGUCAAUUGAAAGAACGAAGAAAAAGGGAUCAAUACCGUUAGAAGAACAUAAAAUUUUCGUCGAUCAUUUAUACAGUGUUAGUCAAGCCAGUCUGCCAAUGAAUGAUGAACAGAUGCAAGAUGACUUACUUUCUUUCAUUUUUGCUGGACUCGACACUAUGACUUCUGCACUCACUUUCCUCAUCUACUGCUUGGCCAAAUACCCAGAAGUUCAGGAAAAAGUUUAUCAAGAAAUCAAGGAAAAUAUAAAUCCAAAAGAGGCACUUACCAUUCAUUCAUUGAACACACUGAGAUACACAAAUUUAGUGAUACGAGAAGUUUUGAGAAUGUAUCCUCCUGGCUUUGCAGUUUUUCGUACAAAUCCAGAAGCUUUGGUGCUAAAUGGAUAUACCUAUCCUGUCAACACAACGUUCGUUCUAAGCUUCUAUAAUGCACAUCAUAGUUCCGAAAACUAUCCAGAUCCCGAAAAAUUCUUGCCAGAAAGACAUGACGUUACAAAAAGCGUUGAAAAUGACAAUAUUUUUAACUUUUUUGCAUUUGCACCAGGCGUUCGCUCAUGUCGAGGUAACAAAAUUGCGGAAUAUGAGAUGAAAACAUUCAUUGUAAAAAUGUUGACUUCGUACAAAAUUGUUUUGAAAGAAGGAUUUGAACCAGAACUUUCUUGGGAUAUUGUCAUUAAGCCGUUCAAUGGCAUGUGGGUUAAAUUACUGUCGCGCUGA